CGCAAAAGUUUCCAACCUCUUGGCCUGGUUGCCUUUCGGAACGAACGACGACAACCGAAACAAAGGGAGAUUCUCUUGACCGCAGCACCACCAACCCGUUUCCAUCGCCAAUUCUACCCUCCGCAAAUCUCCUCACAAAGCACAAGAUGGCUACUCCCGGUGCCCAGAUCUCCAAGCGGAGAAAGUUCGUCGCGGACGGUGUCUUCUACGCCGAGCUGAACGAGUUCUUCCAGCGCGAGCUGGCUGAGGAGGGCUACUCGGGCGUCGAGGUCCGCGUCACGCCGACCGUGACCGACAUCAUCAUCCGCGCGACGCACACCCAGGAGGUCCUCGGCGAGCAGGGCCGCCGCAUCCGCGAGCUCACCUCGCUCAUCCAGAAGCGUUUCAAGUUCCCCGAGAACUCGGUCUCACUGUAUGCCGCCAAGGUCCAGAACCGCGGUCUGUCGGCCGUCGCCCAGUGCGAGUCGCUCCGCUACAAGCUCCUCAACGGUCUAGCCGUCCGCCGUGCCUGCUACGGCGUCCUGCGCUUCAUCAUGGAGUCGGGCGCCAAGGGUUGCGAGGUUGUCGUCUCCGGCAAGCUCCGUGCCGCCCGUGCCAAGUCCAUGAAGUUCACCGACGGCUUCAUGAUCCACUCCGGCCAGCCCGCCAAGGACUUCAUCGACAGCGCCACCCGUCACGUCCUGCUGCGCCAGGGUGUCCUGGGUAUCAAGGUCAAGAUCAUGCGCGGCUCCGACCCCGAGGGCAAGGCCGGCCCCCAGAAGUCGCUGCCCGACGCCGUCACCAUUCUCGAGCCCAAGGAGGAGCAGCCCGUCGUCCAGCCCAUCAGCCAGGACUACGGUGCCAAGGCUGCUCAGGUCCAACUCGCGGCCGAGGCCCAGCGGCAAGCCGAGCAGGCGGCCGGAGGAGAGGAAGAGGAGGAGCCCACCCCCGAGCAAUAGGAGCACUCGGCGGUCGGUGCGACUCCAGUUUCCGCUGUCGAGCCCGCCGGUGUUGUCACCCCGGAUCCUGUCCAGUAUCAGGAGUUCCAGGCCGAGGUGUACCAGUCUCAGCAAUUCCAGACCCCUCCCAUGGCUGUGCCCACCUCCACCCCUGUCAUGAACGGCAACUACGCCUCCGAGGCCUUCCAGUCGGACCCCUUCGACGAGACCGAUGGUCUGGCCAAUGGCAACUACGGCGGCGCUGUCAACGGCUGGUAGACGCGAGUUGGGAUUUUUUGAUGGACGGCGGCGAAACGGUCAGCUCUUGGGGCGUUUAUUGAGCAACAUUUUCUCUCCUUCGGUUUUUUAUGUCACCUCUUGCUGCAUUAUUCUGCGAUCACGGAACGGGAAACGGAAAGCAGGUUGCGCUUCCAGGGUUCUUCAGGCUGGCUUUUGUAAUUUCAUGACACACGACGAACUCGGUGGGCAUAUGAAGGUUACAAGGGCAAGGGCAGCCAAAAACAAAAAAUGACACCGAACAAACGCAGCCCUCUUUGGUUCAAAGGUGAAGACAAUGUGUUUGUG